AACUAUUAGUUCUUAGUCUCAGCGCUAGGUCAACAUGUAACUCGUGAAGGAUGGCGGGCAAGCUAAACAAAACUCAACCUCAGAAAGUCGCAAAGACUGUGCGAAAGCCUAUUUGUUCAGAGAUAAUCAAUAUGUUCGAUGAUAUCCUUGCUGGGCAGAAGGGCUAUGCGGUUGCAAAGUCCUGUGCCAGCAUCCUCGAGGGAAAACUGCAGUCGCUAGAGUAUGAGCUUGGCGGUGCUGGUGGCGUUCCCGGCGAUGGUUUAUAUGGCUCAAUCACAUUGGGCCAGUUCCAUCGCCUGCUUUGCUAUCUGCGCCUGGUGGACCUCUUGCGACCUGGCGAGAGCGUCCUGGGCGACAUCGGUGCGGGCAUAGCGAGGCCGGUGGUCAUUGCUACCUUCUGCUUUGGUGUGGAGGCUACUGGAUGGGAAACCAGCGUCAACAGGGUGGACGUUGGCACCUCUAUCAUUAGUAGGAUAGCCGACAGGUGCACAGCACCCGGCAACAAGGAGGUGGAGCCCCACAUCAAGGCAACCGUCUUCCACUGCGCAGCGCAGUACAGCAAAAAGCCCCCCACCAUUGCUAAAGCCAAUGCUGCAGAGGUGGACUACAAGGACUGUACGGUUCUGUACACCUUCUGGCAGGGCGUUAACCCAGAUGACCGGAAAGCCAUCUGCGCCCAAGUGGCGCGAACACAGCAGAAGCUCGAGGUUGUGAUCAUUGUGCAGCAGGCCCUUCGUCAAAAAAGCCCAGCAGAGCAGUACAUGGCGGACUUGGGGCUUCCUGGCCUAAGCCUGCUGUGGUACUCACCUGUCGGUGCGCAAGGCGGGCAGAAGUUUCGGGCCUACACCUUUAUCACGGAACUCGGUAGGCGUAAGCAGCAGGCGCCGAGUCCUGAGCGGCUGCCACUCAUCCAGGCAGGGGUGGAUGACGCAGAAGCCCCCAUGGAGCUUGCAGAUGGCGCCGAGCUGGCCACAGCUGCUGAGGCAGCGGCAGCUGCUGACCCUGUUGCCCCUGACGCGGAAAUGGAGGCUGUCGUGGAUCCUGCUUUGGAGGUAGACUAUUACGCCGCAGAGCCUGCACCCAAGAAACCCCGGCUGUCGUCUCCUAGCAAGGACCGCACAGCCCCUGCUGCUGCUGCUGCUGCUGCUGCUGCUGCUGCUGCUGCUGCUGCUGCUGCUGCUGCUGCUGCUGUGGCGGCGGGUAUCAACACUCCUGCUGCACGGCGGGUGGCGAAUGGGGGCCCCCAAACCUGCAACGCCUCGACUUCUCCAUUGCAGCUGUUUGCUGCCGCUGCUUCUGCUGGUGACGGAUCCGCCUCAGGCGUGCUUGGUGGCGCAGGCACAAGCCCAGCAGGGCUAGCGCCACCUGCAUCAGCCACCGCUGCAGACCUGGUGCAGCACCAAAGCUGCUGCACGCAGCCCUCUGCUGCUGUUUAAGUAAAAGGCGGAAAAAGGAGCCAGUAGUGCACGCGGAUUAGUAUUAUGGGAACAUGUAGACUGGUAUACAAGGAUUACGGUAUGCUUAUGUUGCAUGUAUCCACGUAGUUAAGGUACAAGCAUGUAUAGCAAGGGGCAUGAGCAGGAAUGCCCUUAGCUACGAUACGUUGAACGUCAAACAAGUAUGCGUGCUUAACAGAGAAAGGUAGAAUGCGUUUGUUGGGCAAGUGCAACUACAAGGCAAGGGGUUAAGGAUGCAUAGGGUGCACAAAGCAAAAUGGCAAGGCACGUCCCGACGCGUUUCGGCCUUGCCAAAGGGCCUCAUCAGGGGACUUUUGCAAAGUGCGCACAUGCUUAACUGUCCUAGUUGUAGUGCCCUAUGCCCACAUGUAAACGGGACUUACGUGAUUCCAGGGGAUGCUGUCGCGCUGUUCCCGGUUGUCGGAUGUCUGGUUGCGCAUGGCGUCCUGAGGACCGUUGGGCGGAGUAGCUUGGGAUCAUGAAAACAUCCUCAUCCAUAGACGAAAGAAGUCCGAUGGUAGGCGUAGAAGCGGGCAGGGAGCCGGGAGGCUAACAGGAUGAUGCGGUCGACACAUCUUUGCCUCGAGCUAAGCUAAGUUGGUAGGUUUAUCGUAGUUAACUUAAUCCAACGAUGACUACUAGAGAAGGCAUGUAUCAUAAAGACGUUUGAAGAAGGAAAUGUUGUCGCCAUUUGUCGCUGUAGACUAGCAGGGUCACAAGCCCGCUAUUAUUGCGCACUUUUGUACAAAGGCGGUGUAGCGGAGUAUGUCUGGUCAGAAGCGCUGGCUUAUAUGGGCAGUAAGUGGCCGUCGUAAAUGUACGGCGUUUUGUCAUGCAUGAAUCGAAUCGGAAAAAAUCACGAAUUUACCGCCAUAAAACCAUUUUUGAACGAUGUACGAUUUGGGUCGAUCCUAGAAUCGUUUGUUGAUGGGGUUUAACGGGAUUUCCGGUUUGCGGGAGGUGGCGCAUGACGACAUGCGCGUAGGCGCUGCCCGAGUCCUAGCGGAACACCAGGUGCCUGGUCAUAAGCGUAAUAGACCGU